AUGCUUUACCACUAUACCAACCCUAUCUUUGCCGCUGCCGCCGCGUACCUGGCGAUCCAGUCUCUGAUGCCCUUUACCGCUGCCGCAGCGCCAACCAUUCACCCCUACGCCCGGGUGACCGAUGACGUUCAACCCUCGGUUAUUUACGAGCCGUUUGAGUUCCCCCUGACUCCCUUCGCCCCGGACACGAACACUAUGGUGCUGAACAUUGGUCUCGUGGCCCAUACUUCGAACGUGACUGUUGCGGAUUACAUGGUGUUUAGCCUGGUCGAGUCCAUCGCCCAAUCUAACCCCGAAGCUGUAGUCUACGAGAUUGACGCUGCUGACGUAGACCCGAUGGCCCGCACUAUACCCGUUGCCCCUGCCGCGGCUGAGCCCCACGAGACGCGCUAUCUCGAAGUCCGUAUCGACCCGCUAUGUAUGAGACCGUAG